UUAGACAUGCGCAAUACCAAGCAUUUGUGCACAGAGACAACAUGGGGUAUUCGGAGUGAUCCCACAAUCUAUUUCCCCCAUUAUAUAUAGAUUUUGUGUAGAAAUGUGUCUCAUCUUUAUUUGUUAAUCACCGUGGAGACCAGAAAGCGUACUUGAAGAUGGCUGAAUGUGAUAGUGGGCAGCAGUCGUUAUCUGCAUAUGGUGGUGCUCAAGAACAAGGUGGUGCGUGUUCACCUCUCACCUUUGCAGAAGCCACACAACCUGUGGAUCACGUCGCUCUUGGUGGUACAGACUUCGAAACUUUAAUUAAACACAAGAAACAUCAAAAUGGUCUAGUGACUCAUUUGCUGAAAACCACGGAUGAUACAGACAAUGGCGAGAGUGCUGAUUCAGGACACGGCAGCAGCUGCCAAGAAUGUGAAUGUGCGUCCACGUUGUCUCAACUUAUAAUUGAAUCAGAAAUUACUUGUCUGUCUCUCUCAGAUGACCCAUCUGCAGAUCCAGCCACAUGUCAUCAUAAUACUGACCUAUCCCCAGAGUCAGGUAGAGAGGAGAAUUCAGGCAUCAGAUACGUUGUAUAUGAAUCAGAAGAACAGAUGCCAGACAUAAUCAGACUCAUAACCAAAGAUCUGUCCGAACCUUAUUCCAUAUACACUUACAGAUACUUUAUUCAUAACUGGCCCAAAUUGUGUUUUCUGGCUAUGGAUGGUGACAAGUGUGUGGGUGCAAUUGUUUGUAAGCUGGACAUGCACAAAAAGAUGGUGAGGCGAGGUUACAUUGCAAUGCUGGCUGUUGAUGCUGACUACCGACGAAAAAAAUUGGGUUCCAGCCUUGUGACGAAAGCUAUUCGAGCCAUGAUAGCUGAUGACUGUGAUGAGGUUGUUCUCGAGACAGAGAUCACCAAUAAAGCUGCAUUGCGCUUAUAUGAAAAUCUUGGGUUCAUUCGUGACAAGCGCCUCUUUCGUUACUACUUGAAUGGAGUUGAUGCCCUUCGUCUGAAACUGUGGCUGAGAUAAAAUCUUGGAGCACUUUUUUUUUAAGUCAGUGAAUAUGUUCAGUUUUUGCCUGUCGAGCACAAAAUGCCAGCCCAGUAAUGCAAUGUGUUGAAUGAAAAAAUGCAAUGAAGCAAAAUGGGAUUUUUAUUCAGUCAUAUGUUGAACCCUGGUGAGAAUGCUUUUUUUUUAAUGUCCAUAUCAAACUUAAAAUCUUGAGGUUCUAAAGGUUAUGUCUGCAAAAAAAAAAAAGACUCUUAUGUCUAUAAUGAUGUCAGUAUUGCUAACUUUUUGGGAAGAAAAAGAUGGAUGUACAAAACUAAGUAAUAAAAUGUUGAUUCUUCCUCAAAGAUGCACCUCUUUUCAGACUGUUAAAGAUAUAUUAAGUUUGCAGACACCUUAUUCAUUUAGACAUUGGACUUAAAAUGCAACAUCAUGGAACAUACCCAUGAAGAUGUGACAUGCCUUUCAGUCAAUGAUGACUUCAUUCGUCUGUGUUUCCUGUGCAUUACCAAAUAAAGGUUUGUUUUUAAGUUUUGCCAUAUUCAGUGGGUUGGAAGAGGCUGUUGAGUGAAACAUGGUAGUGACUGAUUUCAGGAUUUUGCAAGAAACCCCCACCCAUUACCAUGCAGACAUGCUUGCACAAGCUCACUACAUAGAAUGUGCAUGAGAAAAAUAUGUUCAGAUUAUACAGGCCUUUGCUGAUUGUAUUUGCGUUCUUUAAAAGCAAAUGGUGGUGUACCCAGAUCUUUUUCCUCCUCUAGUUCAAAGCCAUGGAGGGGGUAAGUAGAAAGGAGACGCGUUCAUUGCAUUUUUUCAUUUGUCUCUUAAAAUGGUUAAUUUGUCACUGGGGCUUUCUUAUUAUAUUCAUGAGCAUGGGGAUGCAGAUUUAAACACAUUACACAAAUCUGCUCCUUUUAACAGACUAUCAAAGAAUGCCUCUCACUGGAAUGCUGUGCAUCUGCAGGCAAUGCAUGCCAUAUAAAUGAAUAAUAGCAUAAAUUAUUUGUAUCUUGUUUGUGGCACGUGAAAUAAAUAGUAUUCCUUCUAA